GUUUGAGCGGAGACAACUACUGCGCUUCAAACCGAAUGUUGACAGGGACGAGAGAGGAUUGUCUGUCAGUGCGUUCUGUGAGCUGUCAGUAAAGAAUUCAGUCCAGGUUUAUUUAACGCGUUUUGUUUCCUUUUUAUCCAUUCUAUCGGCGUGAAUGGGGGAUUUCCCACCGGUUUGUCUUCUUCGUUUGGUCCUGUCGCUGGAUAAUUUUGGAUGCAAUGGGAACAGGAAUACGUGCGCUGUGGUCUGAGGCAGCAGGCAGCAGACUCGGUGUCGAUCUACUGUAGUAGGCUUGAUGGAAACCAUGUCUCCCCAGCAGGGAACUAUCGGACAGAAUAGGUCUGGCUCUUUGACAGGGAAAAGCAAGUUCUGCGCGCUACCAGACAGCAAAAAGCAGAUGAAGACCCUGGCCCACCGACGACAGUCCGCCCCCUCCCUGGUCAUCAGCAAAGCUCUUACCAAAUCACGAAGCAUGUCCAGGGAGAACUGCCUGUCCCCAGUCUGCCCAGAGAAGUGUCCCCUGGUGCAGGCGUUCCUCUCUCCAUGGAGGGUGUUCCUGGCCCACGCCCACACCCAGCUGCAGACCGGUUUACAGACACAGGAGAGACACCUCUUCCUCUUCACUGACACACUCCUUAUCGCCAAGGCCAAGUCGUCCACACACUUCAAGCUGAAGGCUCAGGUGCGUAUGUGUGAGAUGUGGACAGCAGGCUGUAUGGAGGAUGUGUGUGAAGGCACCACCAGUCCAGAAAGGAGCUUCGUCAUGGGCUGGCCCACUUUUAACUGUGUCGCCACAUUCAGUUCUGUGGAGCACAAGGAGAAGUGGCUUUCUCUCAUCAAAAGUCGAAUAAAUGAAGAGAAAGAGAAGGAUGACCCCAAGACCAUUCCUUUGAAAAUAUUUGCAAAGGACAUUGGGAAUUGUGCUUCUGCUAAGACUCUAGCUGUCAGUAAUUCCGACAGCACCACUGAUGUAAUCCGAAUGGCACUACAGCUGUUUGGCAUUUCGGGCUGUGUGAAAGACCACCAGUUGUGGAUGAGCUCCUAUAAGGAUGACUCCCCCUAUCCUCUGAUUGGGCACGAGUUUCCCUUCAGUAUCAAGAUGAGUCACAUUCGUAAUGUGGGAGCAGGAGGAGAUGGAGGAAAGGAUGCGAUUCCUCCUCCUCCGGAGGAGGACCAGGGGACGAUGCUGCUGGACCAGUGUCUCCCUCCAGACACCCAGUGCCAGUUCAUCCUCAAGCCCAGCCGGGUGGACCUCAGACAGGCUCCGCUUAUAGAGCCAGGUCAGAAGUCUGUUAAGAGGAAGAGGUUGUUGAUAAACUGGGCCUUCUGGAGGGGGUCCAGUAGCCAACUGGACGGUGUCCCCCUGUCCCCCACCCCGGGACGCCUGUUCGGACGGUCUCUCAGUUCCGUCUGCCGCCCUGACCACACCCUGCCCAAACCUGUCAUGGACAUGCUGGUGUUUCUGUACCAGGAGGGUCCCUACACCAGGGGUAUAUUCCGUCGCUCUGCAGGAGCCAAAGCCUGCAGAGAGCUGAGAGACAGACUGGACAAUGGGACAGAGGACACACACUCACUCACACACGAGUCUGUGUUCGUCACUGCCGCAGUCUUCAAGGACUUCCUGCGGAACGUUCCAGGCAGUCUGCUUUGUGUGGAUCUGUAUGAGCAGUGGAUUGGAGUGAUGGAGAGAGAGGAGGAAGAGGAGAAAUGGCUAGCCAUCCAUAGGUUAGUCCAUCUUCUGCCCAGUGAAAACCUGUUGCUUCUCAGACACGUGGUUGCCGUGCUCCACUGUAUCCAAGGAAAUGCAGAAGACAACCAGAUGAAUGCCUUCAAUCUGUCUGUGUGCAUCGCUCCCAGCAUGCUGUGGACACCAGCCCCCUGUAGCCCACGGGGAGAGGGGGAGGCCACCAAGAAGGUCUGUGAGCUGGUACGGUUACUGAUUGAGAACUGCAGGAAGGUCCUGGGAGAUGAUGUCACCUCUCUGUUUGGUGCAUUCCCUCAGAAGAGCAACAGCAGCGACCAUGGAUCAGAUGUGUCAUCUUUCCAGAUGAAUGACUCAUCCUACGACAGCCUGGAGAACGAGUUAAACGAAGACCCAGAGUCGCCCUUCCAGGAGUCCCUCCCUCUGAGAGACAAGGCCAUGCCAGACAGCCACAGCAGAGACUCUGUCAUUACGCUGAGUGACUGUGACCCAGACCCUGACCCUGAGGCUGACCUCCUACAUCUCCCUCCACUGCCCAGACCCAGGAAGUUCACCUCCGCCGUACGCCAACCACAGCCACGUCAGUCCUUUGUCCAAUCAAAUGGCCCCCGGAGGUUACGACGCAGCUCGGAGCCCGCCCUUGGACACACCCCCGAAGCUCUGAUUGUCCAAUCAGAUAAGCACAGUUUGGCAUCACGUAAAGCAAGCUACGAUGCGGCGAUGGAGGGAGAGGAAGAAGAGGGGGAGGAAGGGGAAGAUGAAGUGUUUCUGAAGCAGGGGCUCAGGGCUUUGCAGCUGAAAGACAUUGUAGUCACAGGUGGAGAAAGAGGAGGGGUUGGAACUCUAGAGCGGAGGACGCUGAAGCACGCCCCGCCCCCUCCUUUACGAUUGGAUGCAAGCUGCUCCAGCCUGUCGUCCCCAGCGACCUCCCCCACAGGCUCCUCCCUCAGCUCCCUAGACUCCGCCUUCUCCCAGUAUUCCACAGACUAUGUCACCAGCGCCGGCUUCCAUUUCGCUGAGCCUUCCCCCCACUCCCCACUCUCACCCCGCUUCCCCCUCUCACACCUCUUCCCCCUCUCACCCCGCUUACCCCGCUCCCCCAGGGCUCACCCCCCAAGAGAGACACAGUGGACUGGAUCCAAAGCCACCCCCCCCACUCCUCCCGGACCCCGUCCACCCAGCACGGCCUGCACCCCAACACUUGGUUCAAGAGGGACCGACGGCUGUCGCUUCGGCAACCUGACAACGGACACCUGGAGGAGGAAGUGGGGGAGGGGGAAGGGGUUAGCCUCCCAAAAUCCCCAGAGGUUAAAGGUGUAGAGGUGACCACCAAGAGGAGGUCCAGUAGCCCUCCAUCCUACCAGCAGGCUAUCCUACAGCUACAGGGGAGUAGGUCUCCCUUCUACAGAGGCACAGAGAAACCCCUCACCGUAAGGGAGCUACGGCUGC